GGAUAGUUUUUUGGCAAUUUUUUUUUUUUUUUAAAAAAAAUAAUAAUAAUAAAUCAACUUGGGGCUUGUGGAAAUCUUUCAAGUUGUGUUUUGUUUUGUUCUGUUUUUUUUUUUUUAAAUUAUUUAUAUAUAAAAAGUAGAGAUUGGAGUGUUGGUUUUUUUUUUUUUUUUUGAGAAAUGAAAAAAGAGAGGAAGAGAAAGAUGAAAGGAAGAAUAUCAAGAAUAGGAAGCUAUGCAAUCUCAUCUGCCAUUAGAGACCAACAACACCUUCAACAACCUUGUAUUACAUGUACAACUUUUAACAUACUUGCUCCUAUCUACAAACGUCUCAAUCAUGAGGACCCAAGUUGCCGUGAAAGUGAUUACAGAGCAUUUUGGAUGACUAGAAAUCAAAGCAUUUUAGAUUGGUUGUUAUAUGAAAGAUCUUCAAUCAUUUGUCUUCAGGAGUUUUGGGUUGGAAAUGAAGAACUUGUUGAUGUUUAUGAGAAGAGACUUGGUGCUGCUGGUUACAUGAGUUUCAAACUUGGCCGUACAAACAAUCGUGGUGAUGGGUUACUCACUGCUGUUCAUAAGGAUUUCUUCAGAGUACUUAACAGUAGAGAAUUGCAUUUCAAUGAUUGUGGAGAUAGAGUUGCUCAAUUGUUACAUGUUGAAUUAGCUUCACCAAUUUCACAAUGUCGAAAUAAUGAUCCCAUCACCAACCAAGAGAUUCUCAUUGUCAAUACUCACUUGCUAUUCCCUCAUGAUUCAAGCUUGUGUCUUGUUAGAUUACAUCAGGUCUACAAAAUCCUGCAAUGUGUUGAAUCAUAUCAGAAGGAGAACAAUCUAAAUUCCAUGCCAAUUAUACUUUGCGGUGAUUGGAAUGGAAGCAAAAGAGGACAUGUUUACAAGUUCCUUAGGUCUCUUGGCUUCGUUUCUUCUUAUGAUACCGCGCAUCAGUACGACGAUGCAGACGCGCACAAGUGGGUUAGCCAUCGCAACCAUCGUGGCAACAUAUGCGGUGUUGAUUUCAUUUGGCUUCUUAACCCGAAUAGCUAUCGAAAAUUCCUUAGAACAAGUUGGACUGAAGCAGUAUUUGGCAUGUUUAAGUAUCUUUUAAGAAGAGCUUCAAUGACAGAACAUGAUGCAUUUUCCUUUCUUAAGGCUGAUAUCAACAGUGAUUGCAUAAACUAUGCUGGUUUUUGUGAAGCACUAAGACAGCUAAAUUUGAUUGGCCAUUGCUAUGGACUAAGUGAUGAAGAGACAAAGGAUUUGUGGGAUUUAGUUGAUAUAGAUGGCAAUGGAGUUAUUGACUUUAAAGAAUUUCAGCAACGGAUUUGGAACCCUGCAGCAUCUGAGCAACGCGAUGAAUAUAUCGAAGAAGUUGUUGAAAAGGAUGGUGUGAAAGAUAGUAAGCAACAACAAACAAUUGGUUUUAGUGUAAAAAAUGCAGUUCUCUUUCCUUCUGAAGUUGAGAAAGGAAAGUGGCCAGAUGACUAUUCGCUCUCUGAUCACGCAAGACUCACCGUGGUGUUCUCGCCUAUUAGGAUGCCUUGUUCUCAACCGAUAUCCUAAUUCGCACCACGGUGAGAACUCAAUCAAAGCUUUACAUGGGAAAUGAGCUUAAAAGUCCAUCAAAGGCUAUCGAGGCUGUUGCAACCAUCAAAUUUGCUAACACAGGCCGCGACAUGAGACGCCAUUUGGGAACUUUGUUAUGCUCAAACUCAAACUAGAGAAGAGAUUAAAGAAAGGAAAAGAAGAAUGUUAUAUAAUAAGAUUUGUACAUUUUGUAAAUAGAUUGUAUGUAAAGUCAUAUAAAAAAGAAAACAAUCAAACAAUCAUCCCCUUUUUGUAGCAUAUGAUGAUGAGUGAAAGUAUUGUUUUUAGAA